AUGUUGGAAUCGGCAGGCACACAUGUUUGUGACGCUCACAGUAAAAACAGUGUGAUUGAGUUGUCGAAGAUGCCACAUCCCGAGUAUGAGUUGAUGAGUCCUGAAGACAAAGCUGAGGCGAUGAAAGAGAAUGAAGCGAUAGAUCGGAAUGUGUCACAUGCGUAUGCCAAAUUGGAGAAGAUUGCAAAAGUGACGAUACCCGAGUUGUUGAAGAAGUUGUGUUUGAAUGUGUUACAAAUCACAAAUGGGAAGAGUACACAGACAUCGAGAUCUUU